GCAGAGCGAAUUCAUCCAACCAUUUCUCCAGCCACUUACCUGAGGCCCACGAACCCAGUAUUUCUACACUCUCCCGGUAAAUCUGAAUUCCAUUUUAGCCGCUCCCUGCCCUCUGAUUCCAUCUAUCCUCUUAACUCAAGGGAAAACCAAUUUGCUCUCCAUUCCUUGGCUUGGCAUAGCGACCAGCAAGCCACCACCAUAGAGCCCAACAGCAGAGAUAGAACAAAAAUACCUCUUACCGAGCAUCAAACUCAGUCCGCCGUGUUAAAUUUAGAGACUAGGCCUUCCUCUCUUAACCAAUCCUAUGACCUGCUGCCCAUGACUCAGCCGAUCUCCUUGAAUGAGACACGGUCCAUACAAUCUACUGCCAUAGAUCGACAGAAGGCCUUUUUAAUGAAGCCAGCGCAUGCCUUUGAUUCAGCUGCACAACAUGAUUUUACACUCGAUACUCUCGCUUCUUAUCGUUUUGAUCCUGAUACUCUUUUAGCCAUUCCUCUUAAUAGCAAAACUUCUGCAAGUAAUUCAUAUAAUCCUCAUUUAGAUGUGUAUAAUGUUCCGUCCGAUGGUACUGGAACUACCCAAGAGUCAAUUCAAUUGGAACCUGCUGAUCUCAAAUAUAGUCGCUUACUGUUGGUACCGGAAGCAUCUGGCGAGAUUAAAUUUCGCAGCCAGCCAAAUGAGCAAUGCCUUGGCUCUUUCAUUUCGCACUCUGGUAGCUCCUGUUUGUCAAGACGAAACUUUUCAUCUGAUGUAAAUAGCCACUGUGUAUUUUGGUCCCCGGCGAAGAUGGACAAUCCUGAUCGACCUACGUCUGCUCCUUUUGGCACUCAGGCUGAUGUCAAUAAUAAUGGGCUCCGCCUGACCUGGUCAAUUGAUGGAAGUCCGGACAGCCAAGAAGACGUUGAUUGGGGAGACGGCAAUAAUAUAGAGAAGAAUGAGGUCUAUGAUAGCAAACAAGCUAUGCCUAACGAGGUCUCAAUUUUAAGAGAUAAUUGUACGAUAAAGGCUAGUUCGACUAACAGGCGUGCCCACAUGACUGUUUCCGGGAUUGGGUAUGAGAAUAAUGAUGAUAAUAACAAUUAUGUCAAUGAGACUGUCAUUACUAAUGGUGUAGAAGAUCAUAGUUUACAGGAUGAUAAAAGCGAAGACGCAGCGUUUUUAUCAUAG